GUAUAAUUUUUUUUUAAUGUUCAAAGUGUCUAGGAACGGGAUCGAAAGCUAAAGUGAAAAAGUUGGUACGAUUUAAAUAUAGAGUGCAGUGUUUAUAAUGGCGCAGUGGUUUAAAUCUGAAGGAGCCCUUUCAAAGGAUGUUGAAAAAUUAUACUUGUUCGCAUGUGACGAAGAAAUUAUCUGCAAGGUUUCUGAACUUUGCUGCUUGGUACCCGUCUAGAGGAGGAUCAUUAACUGGUUUAUUCAUAGAACGAAACCUGUGACAAGAAGGUGAAUGACUAGAAUUAAACUUAGCCUAGUCAGAAGCCCGUGGCUCAGCUCAUGAGUGUGAUGGACAGUUGUUAGCGGACCGAUGUCAGUCAAACGAAACUAGCGAGGAAAAAAAACAGAGAGAGAGAAGAAAAGAGUAAGCUCGAGAGAAGCGGAGCUUCCGACAAGGGGACAAUGUCCUUCUGCAGGAUCACCGGAAGGAGCAGAGGCCUUCCCAAGCCCAACUAUUUUCCUCUGCUACCACCGAUCAGUCCAGCGGCAGCGAAACGCUGGUGUCGAAUAACCGGCAAGUCCUACGGGCUACCGACUCAUCACUACAUUCCCGUUCUACUUGGUGUUCACACUUCCGAUAAAACUAAAUGCAGAAUAACCACAGCUUCCGGAUUAGGGCCGCAUCAUUUCACCGACGGUGUUAUUGUCGGAGAGAAGAAGAAGCACGUCGUGCUUCAGGACUAUCGGUACGUCUUUCCAGUCCUAGACACCGAUAAUGCCCAGCAAAAGGUCCUGAGGGAUCUUCUGGACACGAAGCAACCGUCGCCGGAGGAAGAUGGCGGCAGAUUUGUUUAUACCGUUGAGGAACGCAGAUGCAGUCUCGUAUUUCCAGCUCGUCUUGAGGCGGCGGUCAGAGACGGAGACGUUCGUGAUGUGAUGUUGUCGCGAGACUGCGAUACAGUCCUCCUACGAUUGCGACAAGGGAAAAACGUUUCCGUAGACUUUCGAGACUUGGACAACUUCGAGAACCUCUACGAUGGUAUGGGACCGCGCGAGGAUGUCGUUAAAGAACGUGAAAAACUGGAGGCUGAGGCUAGGAAACGAAAGAAAAAACGACAGGCGGGUCUCAACUAUGCGAAAAAAAUAUUUGAGGACAAAGAGAGAGCCGCUGAUGAAGAAGAACUGAAACGAGUAAAACAAGUCAAGCUCCAAAGCGUCAAGGAAGAUAUCAAGGAAGAAACUCAGGACUGGAAGCACGUUAACUUGGAUAACACUGCAACGAACGGAGCCUCGCUGAUCGCGGCGUCUGGUGACUGGCGAGAUCUGGUCAAACCAUUGAUGGAAAAUUGGGAUUGGAAUAAUUUCGAGAGAGAUGCGGCGCUGGUCAACGGCGGUCCUGUCGUCGACAGAAUGCCACAACCCAUUAAAACUGACCCAAAACUUGUAGACCUCGAGAACACGGUGACCGGAUUGAUCGGCUCACCAAUUUUCGAAGAAGCUGGUGGACUGGAAGCCGUUGCAGUGGUUGCGCCCUUCACUCCGUUGAACGCAGAGCCCAAUCCGGAGCUUCAGAUCGCCUUGACGAACAUUCCACCGCAGGACCUCGAACUAACAUCCGACGUGACCGCCAAGUUCAACGCCGUUGGCAGGCAAGCAGUCGAGACGCUUCCCAAGGUCGACGAAAUCCCCGAGCUUGUUCAGAAGAUGAAGUCGGGAGUUGAAACAAAAAUGCAUAAAGUGUCGGGUCUGAAACUCGACAUUGAAUCUGCGCAGAGAUUCAUCCCUGGACAGACGCUCCAAACACCCACGGGUCCAGUAUUCGUACCUGGGCAGACGGUUCGCACUCCCCACGGCUCAGCAUUCGUUCCUGGCUUCACGGUGAACACACCGGAUGGCCCCCUUCUUAUUCCUGGGCAAAUCGUCAACGCGGUAGAAUCGAAUAAUAAAAAAAUGCCGAUGUUCGUCGCCGGUCAAACGUUACCAACGAAAAAUGGUCUCCAGUUUGUCCAGGGACAGAACAUGCACACCGCUGACGGGGCGAGGUUUGUUCAAGGUCAAACUGUUUUGACCGAUGCCGGACCGAAGUUCGUCGCUGGCCAAGUAACGGAAGGUUUCGAGUUCCUGCCUGGACAGACCAUCAUAACGGAGGAUGGCACCCCGUGCUUUAUGCCGGGACAAACCAUGACCAAUGAGGAAGGUGAACAGCUCUUCAUACCAGGACAAAGCGUGCAACGGGGCGAAACCUGGGAAUUUGUACCCGGUCAAAGCGUCAAGACACCGUCUGGCGAGGUAGCGUUUGUGCCUGGUAAAACGAUGCUUACAUCAGAAGGGCCCAGCUUCGUACCAGGUCAAAAUGUGAUUGCCAGUAACGGAGAGACUCACUUCGUUCCCGGCGUCACCGUCGACUCGGAGAAUGGGCCCAAAUUCGUUGCAGGUACAACGUUGAAUACGCCUGAAGGGCGGAAAUUCGUCGAAGGACAGUUCGUGGAAACCCCCGAGGGAGAGAAGAGAUUCAUGCCAGGGUUGACAACCAUCGUAGAAGGAAACGAAGCGUUCGAAUUCGCGGCAGCGAGGAACCUCAACGAUGUGGUAUUCCUCGAAGCCGGCCCAAUCGGCAUACCGAUAGAUCCGAAAACUGCGAACGCAUUAUCGCUCUCCGGUCAGCCAGAUGAGGUAUUCGGUCACAUGGUGCAGACCGAUAAGGGGGUGGAGUUUUUCCCUGAGUGUGUAAAAAGCUUACCACCUGGAGGAAAAAAGGUAGUCCCGGGUCAACUGGUUCGCGGAGGGAAAGGCGGACCGAGAUUCGUUCCCGGAAUGAUGACGGACGACGGAUUCGUACCGGGGCAAGUAGUCAUGACGGAAAUGGGGGAGCAAUUUGUGCCCGGCCAAGUGGUGGAAACUACCGAAGGACCGAAAUUCGUUCCUGGACAAGUGGUGGAGACGCGAUCCGGGCCCAAAUUCGUGCCCGGCCAGACCAUCGAGACUGCGGACGGGCCCCGCUUUGUGCCGGGACAAAUCGUCGAGACUAAGGCAGGACCCACCUUCAUCCCAGGUCAGGUGAUAUCCACGGAUGACGAGGGAUCCAGAUUCGUUCCCGGGCAAGUGGUCGACACUCCGGACGGGCCUCGCUUCGUUCCAGGUCGCGUCGUCGAGGCUGGAGAUCGCGGCGUAACCUUUGUGCCAGGCCAAAUUGUUCAGACGGAAGAAGGUCCGCGAUUUGUAGCCCCGGAUUUGACCGACACCCCUGAAGGAGGGCUCGAGUUUUCUGUCCAAGGUUUCGAAGUGACUCCGGAGGAACUGCGCCUGCUCAGACCGCGGCAUCAUUUGAGCUAUGACACCGCUGCUAGGGGGCACCAGGGCGAAAUGAGUAUUGACGCGAGGAUGCUGAGACAGCUGUCGCAAGCUGGGAUGUCCGUUGGUCGACAGGUACCGACAGAAUUGCCUGCCGUUAACGUCGACGUAGACCCGAGAUCCGUGGCGCUUGAACACGCCUUGGAUAUCGUAGAAAAGCUUGGACUGCAGGGCAACGCAGCUGUCAAAAUGGCACAGAUCGUCUCGACGGUCGCUCGGCUGGCCAGUAACAUAAUUGAGAAAAAUGUGUCGGAAAAAAUGACUAAUGGGAAAUCCUCGCCAACAGGUUUCAGGCCGUUUACUAAUGGGGAAGGUAAAUACGAGAAUGGAGAUCAGAGCGACGAAGUUUUUCAUGCGGCACUCAGGGCGGCGGUAAUGGCUGCAGCUUUGGCCAUUUCUGGACAGGAUUCAACGGACGAAGUAGACCAGCAGGAUUACGUUUUUUCGGCAAUUAGCGAGUCGUUCAACGUACUACUGAGACAAAAUUCAUUGAACUUUGAGAACGCGGUGGAAGAGGUGCACAAAAUACUGCUGGUACCUCAGAAUCGCAGCCUCGUUUGUCACGGCGUUCUCCUCGAUUUGUUGAAUGCGAGCAGCAAUAAGGUUGACAUUCUGAAGUCAACGAUCGGCGGUCAAAUUCUUAAAGACGAGGUUGUUCUGGAGAGACUAUCGGCCGUACUGGAAGACGAGGAUGGCAGUGACUUAGUGGGCGCCGCCUUUAGGGCCGUGACAAAAAAUAAUCCAGAUCUACUCUCAAGGGUGCUACGAAAAGUAUCGGAAGAUGCGGCUGGUGUGAUUACAGAAAAAGAGGCUAUAGAGACGGUACACAGAGCGAUUGUCCAUGCGGUACGAGAAUCCAGCGAACUCAAAGUUCGGGAACUUCUGAACGACGACGGCCCCAAAGUCCGUGACUUGAUACUGCAAGCAGUCGGCCUCGCCAGAGCACUCGGAAUGUCUUCAACUGCUUCGAGCCUGCUGGCAGUGAUCUCUGACAAUAAAUCCACCGAAGCGUUGUCCGGCGACCGAAUGACCGUCGACAUUUUGAAGCGACUCACGGUGAUGCGACAACUUGCUGAACAGAGACCACAGUUCAGCAGAGCCCUCGGGGACUUAUGCAGCGAUCCAGAAUUGGCCAAGUCCGACCCUCGUCUUCGAGCACUCGUUAGAGAGAGCGCAGCCCUCAUGAUAGUUCCCGAAGAAGCGCCGCUUCAGUCAUCAGCCGAUGUACCGACCGCUCUACUUCACGCCGAGAACAGUUUGGCUAUGGAAGAAUUUCUCCUGAAGAGAAGCCACAGGCCUUCCGCUAUUUUCAUGAUUCUGAAACAGGGAAUGCAGGCUGUUGUUCCCAGGGAAGCGUCCAGGGCCGUCCUCACUGGACAGGUGUCGUACACCGUCCUCGACGAGGAUGGUAUCAGCCACUUCGAACCUCUGCACGUCUUUUCUGCUCUGCGUUUGAGCAGGCCGACGGCACAUCGCUUUUCAAUGUAUUGCUGUCCGGUUGCUCGCGAGGAAGACGGAGAUACGGAAAUGGUAUCGACUGUAACCGGGACCAUUUCUGCAACGUCUGCGAGCAGCUUGGAAGGGGUAAUGACAAACGGGAUCAGGCACGAAACUAGCGGAGUCAGCCUCUCGAGGUCGGAACAGUACGGAGGGUAUUCGGCUAGUAGAGAAAAUACCCCUAGCUUCCGAAGACUCAGCACUCUCCACCCCAACAACAGCUGCGAGUCGGUUUCCUCGGAGCACUAUGUGGUGAUCAAAGAUUACACGGCCGAAGGAGAGGAUGGAGUCUCGGUCACCGUCGGAGACAUCGUUGAGGCCGUGGAACACGCCGAGUCCGCAAAGAAAAUGAAGAGCGACCCCGACCUAGAAGUCGGAGGUGAGGUCGGCGUCCCUCUGGACAAUUCUGCGGCUAAACACAAACUCGCGGUCCGGCCACGAAGAAAACACAUCGAUCCGAGGGCGCGAAGUGCCGUUAAAUUGAACGGUAUCAACCCGCCAGACAGAGUGUACGUGCGAACCAACGAUGGGAAGGAGGGCUGGGUGCCGUCCGGUGUUGUCAAGCAAAGUAUGAUAAGCGAGGAAAGUUCUACGCUGACCAGUCAAAUACGUCCUGAAGACUCUCAUUAUCGACGAGAAGCUGUGAUAAAGGAACUCGUCGAGACCGAAGAGGAAUUUGGCAGAGACAUACAGUCGGUGGUUGAGCGUUACUUGAAACCUCUGGAUCACCCAGGAGUGCCGAGAGCCGUGCGAGAUAACAAAGAUCUAAUAUUUACGAACCUGAGGCAAAUAGCCGAGUUUCACAAUACCUCGUUCGGCAGGGUGUUGAUCGAGGGCGUCAAGUACUACGCGGACCAACCACGGAUGCUAGGAAAGACUUUCUUGAGACUGGAACGAGAUUUCGACAAGCACGUUGCUUACUGCAGAGACGAACCAUCAGCUCAAGAAUUUCUUCAAUCAAACGACGAAGUCCGCGAUUACUUUGAAGAGCUGAGCCAGACUCUCGGAGACGACAAGAGCGUUUCGGAGCAUUUGAAGCUCCCGAUACAACGCAUCAACGACUACCAGCUCCUUCUUAAGGAGCUGGUGAAGUAUUCGACCCGACUAGGCGAAGACUGCGACGACCUCCAGAAGGCUUUGGAGUUGAUGCUGGGCAUCCCUCACAGGGCAACAGAUAACAAGUUUAUAAGUAACAUCGAGGGAUACAAAGGGAAUAUACACAAGCUUGGAAGAUUGCUGACCCACGAAUGGUUCAGUUUCGUCGACAAGGACAACAAGAGUAAGGAACGGUACUUAUUCCUCUUCAAAGCCCGAAUCCUCGUUUGCAAGGUCAGGCGCAUUUCGGAAGACAGAUCAGUAUUCGUCUUGAAGGACAUUAUUCGACUGCCGGAGGUAGAAGUAAAGGAUCACCCUGAAGAUCAACGCAGUUUUGAGCUGCACCACACGAGCCCAGGCGCGCCUGGCUAUCCUAUCACUUUAGUAGCUCACAAGGACCUCAUUAAGCAGUAUUGGCUCAAAGAGAUACGUCAGUACGCCAGCGACGUAGUUGCACUCGCAGAACACGCUGCGGACGACCUGCAGCUUACAGAGGUGCAGGAAGACUUCAAGGACACAAAUCACGUCAAACCGGAACCGGUCAAAGUUGAACCUCCGAAACCUGAGCCACGGAAGACUGUUUCAAACCCCAAACCAGAACCGCCAAAUCACAUUACCGAGCCCGCUAAAUCGGUGGAGACCAAAGCAACUGAAAAGAGCCAGGAACUGAUCGAGAAAAAAGUUGGAGACGAAGGCCAAGAAAUGUCGGGCCGGUACUCGUCAAGCCGGUACAGUUCCGCAUCCUCCAGAGUGAUUGAGGAGUACUCGUCCGUGUCAAGCAGCCGCAAUGGCAUCUCUUCCUACACGGAAUCGUCGCUGUCGGCAAGUGCAUCGAGGAAAUCCUCGUCUGCAAUUGGUUCAGAACUUACGUCUGAGAGCACCAACUCGUACACCACUGCGAUUGGGGGUUCAAACUCAGUCAGUGAAGUGCAAACAACGAAGCUCGCUCUGACGAAGGGCGAUUCCGGAAAACCAAUUUUCACCAAGACCAUCGAAGGCUGCAACGUGGAACCAAUACGAGCAAAACAGGCAUUGAUACACGCAAUAGCCGGAGAGAGCGCCUCGUUCGAGUGUACAUUGAACGAUAAUGACUCGCCGUCAAGGAUGCACUGGCUUAAGGACAAUAAGCCCUUAGAUGACAAACUUGCGGACAGAGUGGUGACAAGUACCGAAAACAACAGCACCUUCAAACUAGAGAUUGCAAAUGUCUCGGAAUCUGACUCUGGAAUUUACACUGCCAGAGCAGUCAAUGGCGAUGGCAUAGCGACUUGUACCGCCCAACUCAUAGUUCAAGAACUAACUUCUGAAGAACGGAAAGCCAGGGCGGAGGCAAACGCCCCAAUAUUCUUAGUGCGCCUGAAGGACACGGAACUUCUGGAGAACACUUACUUACGGUUCAUGGUUAAGGUCAAGGGUGAUCCGCAUCCCGAUCUUAAAUUCUACAAGGACGACGUCCUUAUCGACUCGAAGAACGAACGCAUCAAGAUUGUGACUGAGAAAGCAGAUAAGGGUUUUUACGAGUUAGUCAUUGCAGCUGUCCAGAGAGAAGACGCUGGGAAAUAUUCGUGCACAGCGAUGAAUCGGUUCGGAGAAGCGUCUUGCGAGGCAAAGGUUACUGUCACUGAUGAAAAAAGCGUGUUUGCCGGUCUUCCCGAAGGCUUACUGGAGCCCGGUGUGGAACCACAAUUCCAAUGGCUUAGAGACGGUCAACCGUUCGACCCGGAAGAGAGAUUCAAAGUCUUGUUCAAGGACAGCGAAGAUACUCUGGCGCUUGUUUUCCAACACGUGAAGCCAGAGGACGCGGGUUUGUACACUUGCGUUGCUCAAACCAGUACUGGAAACAUUAGCUGCAGUGCCGAACUCACGGUCCAAGGGUCUGUGAACCAAUUGGCGAAAAAUCCCGCUAAACCCAAGCUGGAAACGGAGUUUAAACAGUCCGAAGUAAACGCAGGAGGAUCUGCAAUGCUCGACUUACAGGUUCAAGGUUUCCCCAAGCCGGAAAUCAAGUGGACAAAGGACGGCGAAGAAAUAUUGGCUGGUGGAAGGAUCAAAUAUCUUUGGGAAGAUGAAGAAUCCCUCUCCCUUGUGAUCAAGCAAGUCACAGCCAAGGAUGCGGGCACUUACACGAUCAAGGCCAAGAAUGAAUUGGGAGAGGACAGCACGCAGAUUGAGCUGAUUGUGAAAUCUGCACCAAAAGUUACGAAAAAAAUGACGGACACUACCGUCAUGACAGAGGAGACCAUAACAAUGACUGUUGAGGUCGAAGGGUCACCCGUACCAGAAGUUACAUGGUACAAGGAUGGUCAGUUGAUUACAGAAUCAGAGCGUAUCAAAAUCACGAAGGACAGUAAAGGAGCGUACAGCCUGACCAUCAAGAAUACAAGAAUCGAAGAUUCAGGAUCCUAUUCGAUAGUGGCCAAGAACGAAAUUAGUCAAACUUCCGAAUUCUGGACCUUGAGUGUAAAAUCUCCUCCGAAAAUUAAAAGGAAACUUGGAGAACAGAAGGUCAUCAAUGAAGGCGACAGCCUUACGUUGUUGAUCGAAGUUGAGGCUGAUCCGAAACCAACUGUCAAAUGGUUUAAGGGCGGAGAAGUAGUGAGUGAAACUGAGCGUAUAAAAAUAGUUCAAGAUGGUGACAAGUACAUGCUGAAGAUCACCGGCGCCGUUAGUACCGACGCUUCGACUUACAAAGCGGAAGUUAGCAACAAGCACGGCUCGAGCGUUGAUGAAACGAAAGUGAAUGUACGCAGUGCGCCUCGAUUCAAGACCAAAUUGAAAGACGUAACGGCCAACGAAGGGGACUUGAACAUAGAAUUCGAAGUCAUAAUCGAAGGCUUUCCAAAGCCGAGCAUUCAAUGGUACCUGGGUGACGUUGAAAUCACGGAAACGCGGAAGGAGUAUACUCGCAUCGAAGAGGGAGACAAUUACAAGCUCAUUAUCAAGGAAGUGAAAACUGAGUUGUCCGGCAAAUAUACUUGUAAAGUUAAAAACGAAUUCGGAGAGAAUGAAAGUAGCUCGACGCUAACUGUGCACAGUAAACCGAAGAUCAUAAAGAAACUGACGGAUCAAAAAAUCACGGAGGGGGAUACUUUGAACUUGAAAUUCGAAGUGUCUGGCGUGCCGGAGCCUGAAGUAAAGUGGUUUAAGGAUGGUAAGGACGUCUCUGCUGACGCGAGGAUCAAAAUCACAAGGGAUACCCAACGUAAAGAGAGUUACGACUUGACGCUCAAUCUUGUCAAGGGUUCCGACGGUGGGUUGUACGAGGUUCGAGCAGAAAAUCAAAUGGGUGUUGUCACAAGCAAGAGCAAUGUCAUCGUUCAAACGAAAUCAGAAGAAAUUACAGAAGAAAAGAAAACUCUGAAGAUGGAAGUGACCGAAAAUGUUGAAAUAGACGAGGAAGCUAUAGCCCCAAAAAAAGUAACCGAAGAAGAUCAAGCUCCACCUAAACAACAAGCUACGGAAUCAGAAUCUGAAGGUCAUGUCACACUGGAGAAACAGAGCAUCCAAGUUAUCCGAGGAGAGGGAGAUACGAUUACCAUAUCUGUUGCCUCCACCACUACUCACGAAGCUAUGCUCACAGGUUCUGAUGAGAUGCAUUCUAUUAGCAAGAUGACGACCACAAAAGUCGAAUGCCAGGAAAUAGGCUCUGAGGGACCCGAGGUAGAAGAGAUUGCCUCGUACAGCUAUGUCAUCCAUGAAGAUAGUAGCCAAAAACCUUUCAACGGAGUAUUGAUCGAAGAAUUUUCCGAAGGUGAAGAUAUUAGGAAAAAAAUUAUUGUAAAUCGAGGGGUUUCGAUAGUGUCUGUGUCGGACGACGAGUCGACCUUGAAAGCAAUCUCACGAGACGUUAGUGCUGAUGACAUCCAUAACGCAGACUUAUGGGAGGCACAAAAAUUAAUAAAUGGAUCAUACGAAGAAUUUUCGAGUCCUAAGACUGCCGAGGAAUUCAACUUGAAUGAUUAUAAGCCGCAAAUGGGAAUGAAGUUGAACGAGACUAUUAUAGAAGAGUGCUCUGUUGAGGAAUCAUUGUCGGAAAGACCAACCAAAACCGAUUUGCAACAGCCCGAAACGCCAACUGUCGAGAAUAGUAAACUCCGUCGACAGAGUUCGAAGUUAGAAAAAUUGGAUACAAAUAAGGGAGAAAAAGUUGAAACAGAUUUACCGCAACCGGAAACUCCAGUUACCGAAGAGAGUAAAUUCAGCAGACAAAGCUCGAAGAUAGAAAAACUGAACACAAAUGAACGCGAAAAGGUUGAUACUGAUUUGCCGAAACCAGAAACUCCGGUUGUUGAACAGAGCAAACUCCGUCGCCAGAGCUCAAAAUUGGAAAAACUAGACUCAGGUGAACAAGAAAAAGUGGAGACUGAUUUACCAAAACCAGAAACUCCAAUUGUUGAACAGAGCAAACUCUCCCGGCAGAGUUCAAAGGUGGAAACACUAAAUGUUGGCGAGCCUGAAAAAGUCGAAAACAAAGAGUUCUCCCGAGAGAAUUCGCAAAAAGGUGUUAAGGAUGACGACGAAGGUACAGACGAGGAAAUAGAGGCACUUCUGCAACGUGUUAAACAGCAGCGCAGCGUUCUUGGAGAUAUCCUGAAUAAAGUGGGAGAGAGUGAAAAUUCAGCUUCUCCGGAGAUCGUGAAUUCAGAUCUUGAGGACCGCAAAAUCUUCGAAACACAAAGUACAACCUUCGAGAUCAAAGCAACUGGUGUACCAAAGCCUGAGGCUAAAUGGUUUAAGGAUGGCAAGCCAAUUAAAAUUAGUGAUCGUCUCAAAUACACAAGCAGUGGAGACUUUUUCAAACUCGUGUUGACAAAUGCACAGCUUGAAGAUGCUGGAAUUUACCAGUGUAAAUUGAGCAAUAAAUUUGGAGAAAAGAGUCUGGAGGGAAAGUUGACAGUCGCUUCUACUACCGAGUAUCGAAAGCCCAGAUUCGUCGAACCAUUGAAGGAUGCUGUUGCACCGGCUAACGAAUCGGUCCAACUGCAAGCAGUUCUGUUGGCUGAUCCCAUCCCUGAUGUCGUCUGGUCGCAAGGCGCAAAGGCAAUAUCACCAACUGAUCGAAAUGUUACUCUAAAACUGGAGACUAAGGAGGUCGAAGAUGGGUUAAAUGAGUGCACAUUUACACUCGCCAUUCCUCGUAGUAGCGCUGAAAAUACUGGCGAUUACACUCUGAAGGCUAAGAACAAAUGGGGUGAAGAUGAAUCCAGUGCUCGUUUGGAUAUUCUGAUUCGGCCUGAAAUACAAGAAUUCAGGGAUUUGAAUGCUGCACCUGAUGAACUUACCCAGUGGGAAGUCGUAGUUGAGGCAAAUCCAAAACCAAUAAUAAUGUGGGAAAAAGAUGGCAAGGCUCUCAAAACGAAUGAUCGCAUACAAUCAGUGGAAGAUGCAGAGAAGAAUAAAUAUAAACUCGUAAUUAAAAAUCUCAAACUGGACGAUGUAGGCACAUAUAAAGUCAUCGCGAAAAAUUCACAAGGUGAAGCUGCUGCUCAAGCCCAGCUGAAGACUCAUGCUGAUGCACCACAGUUCAUCAAUAAACUGAUGGACAAGUCAUUCAAAGAUCAGGACGACGUUCAGCUCAAAGUUCGAGUAAGCGGACUUCCCAAGCCUCAGAUCAAGUGGCUUAAGGACAAAACACAGAUCACAAAUGACGAACGCUAUAGCAUUACGACUGAUGUAGAAGGACAAGUAGUGAGCAGUCUUUCAAUCAGAAAGUUUUCAGCUGACGACGUGGCAAAGAUAACUUGCAUAGCAUCCAAUAUCGCUGGAACAGUUGAUACCUCUGCUCAACUUUCAUUGGCAAAAUCUGCGCCAACAUUUAGUCGUACUUUACCUAGAUCAGCCGAAGUUGACGAAGGUGAACCACUGGAGCUGAAAGCUAAGUUAGACGGCAGUCCAAUCCCUUCAGUGAAGUGGUUCAAAAACGGAGAAGAAGUUAAACCUGAUGGUCAUAUAAAAAUAGAGGCUCUACCUGAUGGCACUGUUAAGCUCACAAUCGAUAAUGUCAAGCCAACUGAUUGCGGAGCCUAUAAAUUGAUUGCCACCAAUCCAAACGGAGACGCUGCUGCCUUGUGUGCCGUAGCUGUGAAGCCCGAAUCAAAGAAACCAAGCUUUGUUAAAGGUCUAGAGGAUGCCAAGGCUAUAGUAGGCCAGCCUUUGAAAUUAGAAGCUCAAGUGGUAGCAUUCCCUAAUCCUCAAAUACAAUGGUGCAAAGAUGGUGUGCCAAUUAGACAAACUAAAGAAGUUAACUUUUCUAAUGAUCCGAAUGGAUUGAUCGGGUUGUCAAUUGACAAAGUGCGACCAGAAGACGCUGGUACAUACAGUUUGGUGGUAAUAAAUAAGCUGGGAGAUAUCACAGGCGUUGCAAAGGUAGAAGUUGAAGAAAAGGAACGGAAACCGGCCUUCUUGACCACCCUGCAGCCACUUACAGUCGUUGAAGGUUUCCCUGCUAAACUGGAAGUCAAAACUAUUGGAAAGCCACCCGCAAAGCUCAAGUGGCUCCAUAAUGGCGUAGAGGUAAUACCAGACGGUCAACAUAUCAAAAUAGUAGAUUUGCCAGAUGGAACACACGCUCUUGUUAUCGACAAAGCGAGACCUGAAGAUUCUGGAGAGUACCAGGCGGUUGCCACUAAUAAUCAAGGCUCAGCGUCUAGCAAAGCAAAUGUAGACGUUGCCGGAAAAGGUCAAAGUGGACGUCCAGAAGAGAGACCUGGUUUCUUGAGCCCGAUGCGUGAUGUUUCCGUUGAAGAAGGACAACCUUUGGCACUCAGUGUACCAUUUGUUGGCAAUCCAAUUCCCGAUGUCAGUUGGACCAAAGAUGGAGAACCCAUUGAACCAAGCGAUAAGGUGAUGAUGACUUGCGACGGAAAAAAAGUUGGCCUCCAAAUCAACCCAUCAUCUCUCAAGGAUGCCGGAGUUUACGGGUGCCGUUUAGUGAGUCCUCUAGGAGAGGAUGCCACCAGCGCAACAGCCACUGUUCGAAAGGUCUUCCAAGAACCAACGUUCACUCAAAAGUUUACGGACUUACAACAAUUGCCAACAUACGACGCUAAGUUUCCUGCACGAGUGGAUGGCAUACCUCGGCCAGAAGUAUCAUGGUACUAUAACGAUAAGCCAAUUCUGACUGAAACUGACAAGUACAAGAUAAAACGGGACGGAGACGCGUGUUGCCUCUACGUAAGAAACUGUACACCAGCCGAUGCUGGACGAUACAAGUGCAAAGCUGUAAACAGACAAGGGGAAGCCGAAUGCACCGCAAAUUUGGAAGUUGUAGAAAAGAUUGAGAAAAAACAAAAAGUUGAACCUCCAUCGUUCCUCAAGAAGAUCGGAGAUUGUGAAGUGUACAAAGCAAUGACGGCUAAAUUUACAGCCUGCAUUACAGGAUAUCCUGAACCAGAAUUCGAAUGGUUCCAUAAUGACACUAAAAUGUGGCCGUCUGAUAGAAUCCGCAUGGACAAAGAAGGCAGUGGUCUUCUUCGACUAACUAUUGCUGGUGUUUACGAAGGCGAUGUAGGGAAAUACAGUUUGAGGAUAUUCAACCCUCAUGGAGAAGAUAUUUGUCACGCUGAGAUGACCUACGACUCCCUUGAACCCCGUACGAAGAAACCUUUGGCAGACCAGUAUACGGACUUUGACAAGUACCAAAAAUCGGGUGCACCACUACCGUUAGCAGACAGACCGAUCAUCAGUCGCAUGAUGGAUAGACACUUGACGCUUUCGUGGAAACCAUCGAUCCCAAUCGGACCCAGAACACCUGUGACCUACUCUGUUGAAAUGUGUGAAUUGCCGGAUGGCGACUGGUUCACUGCACGUUCUGGCGUCAGAAGUUGUUGUUGUGACAUUCGUAAUCUGGAACCGUUCCGUGAUUACAAAUUCAGGAUUCGAGUGGAGAACAAAUACGGCAUCAGCGACCCAUCGCCGUUUGCUCAAACUUAUAGAUCUAAAUUAGAGCCUGACCCACCUAAGUUCUUCCCAUAUUUAUCUCCGGGUAUUGACUUCCGUCCUGAAACCAGUCCCUACUUCCCUAAGGACUUUGAUAUUGAAAAACCACCCCACGAUGGUUACGCUCAGGCACCGAAAUUCUUGAGACAAGAAUGGGACACUCAGUACGGUGUUAAAAACCAUAAUUGCAAUCUAUUUUGGUUCGUGUAUGGAUACCCAAAGCCAAACAUGCAAUAUUAUUUCAACGACGAGCUAAUUGAACCUGGAGGACGCUAUGACUACAGCUAUACCCGAAACGGGCAAGCUACGUUAUUCAUAAACAAAAUGUUAGACAGGGAUGUAGGCACUUAUGAAGCUGUAGCCACUAAUGAACAUGGAAUGGCAAGACAGCGAGUUCGCCUAGAAAUUGCUGAAUACCCUACAUUUAUCCAGCGUCCUGAUGAGACCAUUAUCAUGUUGAGAAAAUCAGGAAGGAUAGAAGCCCGCGUUAUUGGUGUUCCAUAUCCAGAACUUAAGUGGUACAAAGACUGGAAACCUCUUGCCCCAUCCUCUAGAAUCAAGAUCCAAUUCGUCGAACCUGAUACUUCCAUUCUGAUCAUCAACGAUGCCAUUAAUAAAGACGAGGGUUUAUAUUCGCUUAGUGCCCGUAACGUCGCAGGUGCAGUUUCAAGUUCAGCUAUGGUCCACAUAGAAGAAAACGAACAAGAGUAUGGAUAUAAAACGUACACCAGGAGCCGAGAAAUCAAACCACGCACUAAGCCACUUGGAGAUUUCUAUGACUUGGGCGAUGAGUUGGGACGUGGAACUCAGGGUGUAACAUAUCAUGCGGUGGAAAGAUUAACUGGACGUAACUACGCAGCAAAAGUUAUGCACGGCCGCGACGAGCUGAGACCAUUUAUGUACAACGAAAUGGAUAUUAUGAAUAAUCUCAAUCACCGCAAGCUCAUUCGCUUGCACGAUGGUUAUGAAACGGACCGGACUUUGACACUAAUUACAGAAUUAGCUGCUGGAGGAGAAUUGGUGGACAAUUUGGUCCGUCAACCGUAUUAUACAGAGGGUGAUAUCGCUGGGUACAUUAGGCAGAUAUUAUGGGGCCUGGACUACAUGCAUAGCAAUAAUUAUGCCCACCUUGGCCUGACUCUCGGAGACCUUCUGAUUUCUCAUCCAGGGGGAGAUGAUCUAAAGAUUGGAGACUUUGGACUGUCCAGAAGAAUCACUUAUGGAAAACUAAUGACACUGGCAUAUGGAAUGCCAGAAUACGUUGCACCAGAGGUGGCCAAUAACGAAGGUGUCAGCUAUGGUGCUGACAUGUGGUCACUCGGUAUCAUUACGUACAUCCUCUUAUCUGGAAUUUCUCCAUUCCGGGGUGUCAAUGAUAGGGAAACUUUGACAAAAAUAAAAGAGGGCCGAUGGGAAUUUGACGAUAGGUGGUCACACAUAUCUGAGGAUGGAAGAGAUUUCAUUAGAAAGCUUCUGGUCUAUCAAUCUGAUGGAAGAAUGGAUGUUUCAACAGCACUGCGUCAUCCUUGGCUCAAUUAUGCAGAUAAAAUGCCAUUGGACCCGUACAAAAUACCAUCCGAAAAUUUGAGGAAUUACUACAAUCUCUACAGGGAUUGGUACAGCAACGCAUCGUGUCGCACGUGGUAUCGUAGAAGGAGAUUGAGUGGAGCAUUCGAACACCCAUCCAAGAUGGUUUAUCCUCCUGGACAAAGUUACACCCCGUCACCCAGUCCUGACAGAAACCUUACCCCGAGAAACAAGCCACCUCCACGAUCAUGGGAAAAUCAAGUUCCGUCAAGAGAAGCAAUCGAUACAGAGAUUGGAGUUAUCAAAAACGAAAGCCACUAUCAAUACGGGCCUGAUACAUAUUUACUGCAGCUGCGAGACACUGAUUUCCCUGUGCGUUUGCGUGAGUAUAUGAAGGUCGCGUCCAACCGAGCGUCAGGAUACUCGCGUACUCUUCUUGACGACAACAGUUAUGAUUGGAGGACACCAGUCAUCCGGGAGCGACGUCGCUUCACCGACGUUAUGGAUGAAGAAAUUGACGAUGAACGUAAAGCUAGAAUCAACAAAUAUGGAUCAGCAGAUACAUAUACCCUAAGACGUUUGCGUCAUGAGCUGGGAACCCGUCUGGAUAGCUACGCUGAAGCGGAGGCUUUACUGGAGACAAAGAAAGAUGGACACAUGCCAUUCUUGCGUGAAAAGCCACAAAUUUUACCAAUCGAAGCUGAGAAACCAGCAAGACUGGUAUGCCUCGCUGUUGGUAAUCCUAAGCCAUCGGUUCAAUGGUUCAAAAAUGAUUUAGUUAUUCAAGAGGGAAACAGAGUUAAAGUUGAAGAAGACAACGAAGGCAGAUCAAUCUUGACGUUCAACCCUGCCAAAGACUUCGAUGUAGGAAUAUACAAAGUCGUAGCCAGAAAUAAGGUAGGGCAAACAGUUGCCCGAACAAGAGUACUCCUCGCGACAGCUCCAUCGUCCCCUGAUUCUCCGCAAACACCAGAAAUUUCUGACACUGAAGUUUUACUAAGAUGGAAACAGCCCAAGGAUGAUGGAAACUCCCCUAUACUUUGCUACAACGUGCAGUACAAACCAGAAGACGCAAUGGAUUGGAUAGACCUCGCUAGCAACAUUGAUCAUGAAUUUUACAUUGUUCGAGACCUGAAACCAAAGACGAAGUAUUAUUUCAGACUCGCUGCUAGAAAUCGUAUCGGUUGGAGUGACAAGGGAAUUCCAACAGGUUUGAUAGAAACAAAGGAGGAAGGUACCCCCAAAAUUCAAGUUACCCGUGCCAUGAAGCACCUGCAGCAACUAACUGAUGCCGGGCAAGAAAUAAUUAUUGAAGACAAUAAAGUGGGUAUCGAUUAUAGCAUCGAAGACAAACCGUUGGAAUGGUCAAACGAGGGUCAACUUAGCGAGAAGUAUAGCUUUAUAUCGGAACUAUCCCGUGGACAGUUCUCCGUUGUUGUAAAGGGAGUCGAAAAAUCUUCAGACAGAGUGAUUGUGGCUAAGAUUUUAGAAAUUCGGCCCGAAACCGAAGCUCAAGUUGCAAACGAAUACGAAACAUUGCGAUCUUUGAGACACGAAAGAAUAGCAGCCUUAGAAGCAGCUUACAAAGCACCAGGAGCUUCGGUUGCUGUUUUAAUUCAAGAAAAACUUCAGGGCGCUGACGUCUUGACCUACUUAUCUAGCCGCCAUGAGUACACGGAAAAUUGCGUUGCCACAAUCGUGACACAAAUUUUGGAUGCAUUGCAAUACCUCCAUUGGAGAACUUUGUGCCACCUAGAUAUUCAACCCGACAAUAUCGUGAUGGCCUCAGUCCGUUCUGUACAAGUAAAACUAGUAGAUUUUGGAUCUGCUCAUAAAGUUACUAAAUUAGGAAACUCAGUUCCUCAAGUAGGACACCCAGAAUACAGAGCACCAGAAUUGUUGAAUGAAGAACCAGCCUACCCGCAAACGGAUAUAUGGAUGGUCGGUGUUCUUACUUAUGUUCUUUUAUCAGGAGUCUCUCCAUUCCGAGGAAAAGAUGCGGAAGAGACGAGACAAAAUAUCAGUUACGUUAGGUACCGAUUUGAACACCUCUACAAAGAAUUGAGCCAAGAAGCAACCAGAUUCCUCAUGCUUGUAUUCAAACGAACUCCUAGCAAACGACCAACUGCGGAAGAAUGCCAUGAGCACAGAUGGUUACUGCCAACGGAGUUUAUGAUCAAGAAACGAGAGAGGGCGGUAUUCCUUGGUAACCGACUGAAGCAAUACAAUGAAGAAUAUCACCAGGAAAAACUUAAAUUAGCUUCGAAAAGUGACAACUUAGCAUCAGCAUUCGGCUCCACACGACAACUUAUCAGAUCGAACAGCAUACAAGAAGAAUUGCUUACCAACUAAAAUUUAGAUUAAGCCGCGAUUUUCCAAUCAUGUAUUGAUUCAUUUUAUUGUUUAUAAUUUAUUCAAGUCUAGUCAAUCUCAUAAAAUCAAGGUUUGGGAGCCGAUGUAAAGAGAUCAAUCAAAACGUUGUGAUUUUCCUUGUUUUUUUGUUAUUAUUUAUUUGUUAUAACUUGUAAUUAUAAUUGAUGUAUAAUCUUUCGUUUUAUCCAUCAGUUCAAGCAAUGCGAAAAUUAUGAUUUUUGACUGGAACACUCCAGUUAAUGUAUAAGGAGUAUUACUUACUAAUAAUAAGGAAAAAAAUAAAAUAAAAAUUGAUAAAACUUACUCUUAGCAUAUAUAAAUCAAGUCAAAUUAAUUUCAACUGUACAAACGCGACGUCUAGGAUAACAAGAUAAAAUGAAUCUUUAAGCUCUAAUAAAAAAUAUAGAAUAUGCAGGGUAAAAAAUUAUCAUUGUAAUAACUAAAAUAUAUCCGGUCACUAAUUUAUUAAAUCACAAAAAUUGCGGAGUCAAUCGACAUUGUUCAAUGAGCUCGAAAGUGAUUUUAAAUUACAAACAAUGAUGUAAAAAGUCUCAAGGCUGGGAAUUAAAUGAUUUAUCGCGA